AUGGCAAUCUCGGAUUCAUUAAAUAGGCGGCUCCGUGCUCGUCGAGACGAGGACGAGGACGAGUUUGAGGAUGAUGUCUCGUCCGACCUAAACGAGGAGACCAAUUCCGAAGACAACGAGCACGAAGACUCAAACUCCGAUAACGACAACCGCGACGAAGACGACGAAGAAGAAGAUAGCGAUAUGAGUGACGAUAAAAAUGCAGACGACAGGGAAGCCAUCCAGUCCGAAUUCCGGCAAAUAUCAUUCGGUGCCCUCGCAAAAGCUCAAGACUCGAUUGGGAAAAAACGGAAACGAGGCGACAGCGACAGCGCAGCAACACGCAGCGAAUCAUCCACAUUAAACGACAUAAGAGAAAAACUACGCCUAGCGCGCGAGAAAAAACGGGACCAGCAACAACAAAGCAGCGAUACAAUCAAGAAUAAGAAGAGCACACCAUCCCGAUCCUCCAAACAUGCACCUACAGUCCAAUCAUCCAAAGUGGCUGUUUCGCGCAAACGCAUUGUCGUGGAACCACCCAGUGUCCCGAAGGCGAGGGAUCCACGAUUUGACUCUACAAUAGUAUCCUCAUCUUCACGCCGCAAUAAGAAUGGCUCCUCCGCCACAGAGCACGCCUAUGCCUUCCUAGACGACUACCGCGCCUCUGAGCUCAAACAACUCCAAGAACAACACAAGCGCACCAAGGACCCCGUGCUCAAAGAAAAACUGGCCCGUGAAAUCCGGUCUGCGACAGACCGACAGCGGGCGCAGGAAAACAAGCGCCGCGAACAGGAAGUGAUGAGCGAGCACAAGAAGAAAGAGCGGGAAUUGAUUCGAGAAGGCAAGAAGAGUCAGCCUUAUUACUUGAAGAAAUCGGAGUUGAAGAGGGAAGUCUUGAAGAAGAAGUAUGAGAGCAUGGGAUCGAGGGAGCGUGCGAAGGCGUUGGAGCGCAGGAGGAAGAAGGUUGCGGCUAAAGAGAGGAGGGAUUUGCCGUGGGCGAGGAGAGGGGAGCAGGAGUAG